AUGACAGCGAAAUCACCAAGCGACAACUUUUUAGAAGAAUUUGAGUCAAUUGAGGUUAUCGGGCAAGGCAGUUUUGGUAAAAUAAGGAAAGUUAGGCGUAAAAAGGAUGGGAUGGUCUUCGCUAGGAAGGAAUUAGACUUUGAUAAGAUGAGCGAUAGGGAUAGGAAACAAAUCGUCGCGGAAGUCAAUAUUUUACGCGAGUUGGAUCACACAAACAUCGUCGCUUACCAUGAGAGAUACGUCGACAGGGAAGGCGGCAUGCUCUAUAUUUUGAUGGAAUUUUGCGGCGGUGGCGAUCUACAGUCUAUCAUUAAAUCCUGCAAGCGUAGUAAUACACUGUUGCCAGAAGACACCAUUUGGAGUUACAUCUCACAGCUCGCUGGCGCACUCGAUCAUUGUCAUCGUAGAGGUGGUGUUGUUGGUGGCGGGCAGAAAUUGGAGCGUAGGCCUUCUCAGCAUGAUGUGGCUGCAGCGAAUCAACAGAUUCUUCACAGAGAUCUCAAACCGGAAAAUGUCUUUUUAGAUAACUCAGGUAACCUCAAACUUGGUGACUUCGGCUUGUCAAAAGCAACACAGAUUGGGGAAUUUGCUAAAACAUACGUCGGAACGCCAUAUUACAUGUCACCCGAGCUGAUGAAAGACAUGCCAUACGACCACAAGUCUGACAUCUGGUCACUAGGUUGCGUCGUAUACGAACUAGCUUGCUUGAAUCCACCAUUCUACGAAGCUAAAACACAUGCGCAACUUCAGGACAAGAUUCUGCAAGGACGUAUACCACGACUCUCACGCUUCUACUCCCCAAUGCUCGAUGAUAUGAUUCGCAGAAUGCUGAGUCCCAACCCCCGAGACAGACCAUCGGCAUCUCAAAUCCUCGAGCAUGAUAAAAUCAAACUACAAAUGCGCACCGUUGAGCUUAACAAGAUGGCUGCAUCAAUAGCGUCGCAAAGAGUGCGACUAAGUGAGCGUCUCAGCGAACUUCAAGUGCGCGAAAAGAAAGUAUGCGAACGCGAGCAGCAGAUCUCGACAGUAGAGACCCAAAUUGACGCCUACAUAAAAACUCAAGUAGAGAAGAAUGUCAAGGCGGAAAUUGAGAGGAUAAUGCACAACAGUGGCAUAGAAGAUAGGAUAUUGACAGAUAAAAACCAAGACAGUUUUGAAGAGAUUCCCAGCAAUACGAUGAAAGAGGCCACUCCUAGUGAGACGCUCGCCGAGAUGUCCAUCUGCACACCACCUCAAGCACGUCGGAUGAGUAGCAAACACGGUCUAAACGCUCACAAUGCGACACAAGCUAAACUUCUCGCGCUCGCACAAGAGGAAGACGAGGCGGAGAACAGAGCGGAGCACGUGGUUACCUCGAAGCCACCACAGUUACACCGCGCGGAUACUGCACCUGCAGACACAGCAUCAGCAUCAGGAACAUCAGCCUCAAGCUCAAUAAGCAGUAUACCACAAUGGACCAAUUUACCACCCCCACCCGCCACUCCUAACUACGUAAACGUAAAUGAGGAUGAUCUACCAUCACCUUUUCUGCGCAAAACAGAAAACAAACAAAAAUCAAUACAGUCUAAUAAUCCGAGACAGGGUUUGUUGGCACAGGCUGCUGCUCAGCGUACAACCACUAACAAGACUGCCACAAAGCGGCCUUCUAUGGUUAGCGUCAAAUCGUCGAAACCUGUUCUAGGUCGGUAG